UGGGUCGGCCUCCCAAGCUGUCACAACACUUCCUAGUGAGGCUGAUGGUGUGCAUCAUCAAAGAUGGCUUUCAGAGUUGGAUGGUUCAUCGUUAACGAUCAGUUUAUUAAGUGAGGCUUUAGCAGACAAAUAAAAAGUCCUAGUGUUUAUAGAAGACGGGAGCAGUGGACGGAAGCCGUCGCAAGCAGUGUCCAUCACCUGCGACGCGCUACGGCCGCCUGCUUCCUUGCAGUAUUUUUAUCGUCACUACAGCUCAUGCUAGCGGGAUAGCUAGCUCAUUUGUAAAUAUUAGCCAGCUAGCUAACGUUAGCGACAUCUGAUCCCGUUAAAAUGGCCACCAUGGAGAAAUUGAUGAAGGCCUUUGAGUCUCUUAAGUCAUUCCAGCAACAACAGGGACCACCGUCGGCUGAAGAGCUAGUUCAAAAACAGAAAAAAGAUCUUGCUACCACCAAAAAGGAUCGGGUGACCCACUGUCUGACGAUAUGUGAAAACAUUGUGGCACAGUCUCUAAGUACUGGGAUCAGAACCUCGCCAGAGUUCCAGAAGCUGCUGGGCAUCGCCAUGGAGAUGUUCCUGCUGUGCACCGAUGAUAAGGAGUCUGAUGUCAGGAUGGUGGCGGACGAGUGCCUCAAUAAAAUCAUCAAAGCAUUGAUGGACUCCAACUUGCCCAGGCUGCAGCUGGAGCUCUACAAAGAAAUUAAGAAGAAUGGCGCCCCCCGUAGUCUGCGAGCUGCCUUGUGGAGGUUCGCAGAGCUGGCCCAUCUCAUUCGGCCGCAGAAGUGCAGACCCUAUCUCGUCAACCUCCUACCCUGUUUGACGCGCAUCGCUAAGCGCCAGGAGGAAGCGGUGCAGGAGACUCUGGCCGCCGCUAUUCCCAAGAUAAUGUCUGCCCUGGGUCAGUUUGCCAAUGACGGAGAGAUCAAGGUGUUGCUGAAGGCGUUUGUAGCUAAUCUUAAAUCCAGCUCGCCCACCAUCCGCAGAACCGCAGCCAGCUGUGCAGUCAGCGUGUGUCAGCACUCACGCAGAACACAUUACUUCUACACCUGGCUCCUCAAUGUGCUGCUGGGCCUGGUGGUGCCCGUGGAUGAGGAGCGGCCCAAUCACCUGAUCCUGGGCGUGCUGCUCACCCUGCGCUACCUGAUGCCUCUGCUCCAGCAGCAGGUGCCCAACACCAGCCUCAAGGGCAGCUUCGGCGUCAUGCGCAAGGAGGCCGACAUCUCCCCGUCCCCGGAGCAGCUGGUCCAGGUGUACGAGCUGACGCUGCACUACACGCAGCACUGCGACCACAACGUGGUGACCGCCUCGCUGGAGCUGCUGCAGCAGGUGUUCCGCACGCCGCCCCCCGAGCUGCUGCACGCGCUCAUCACGCCCGGCACCCUGCCCCGCCCCACCGUCUUCCGCCAGGAGGUGGAGGGCCGAGCCCGCAGCGGCAGCAUCGUGGAGCUCAUCGCUGGCGGAGGCUCGUCGUGGAGCCCGCUCCUCCUCAGGAAGCAGAAAGGAAAAGUGCUUUCGGGGGAGGAGGAGGGGUUAGAGGAUGACCCCGAAACGAGGGCAGAGGUCACCAGCUCCUUCGCAGGCAGCGAGUCUGGCAGCGAGGUGUUGGGGCCGUCGGCAGACAUCAUCACGCAGCAGCCACGCUCCUCCCAGCAUGCCAUGCAGCCGGGCGACUCGGUAGAGCUGAGCGCCACCUCCGAGCAGGGCGCGGGCACCAGCAGCGGAGCAGGCAGCGACAGCGGGCCUGACGAGGCCGAGGACGACCGCGAGGACGAGGACAUGCUGAGCCGCAGCUCCAGCGGUGGAGCGGGAGGCAGUGGCGUCCCCACGGCAACGGUGGCAACCGGCGAGGAGUCUGUGACGGAUGGCAACUCCAGACAGGACCCGCAGCAGCAGCAGGGGCCCUCUGUGGCCCCGAGUGACAGCUCCCAGACCACCACGGAGGGGCCUGACUCGGCCGCCACGCCCUCGGAGUGCCCCGAGCUCGUUCUGGAUGGCAGCGAGAGUCAGUAUUCAGGAAUGCAGAUUGGAACACUACAGGAUGAGGAAGAGGAGGGAGGAGCCCCUGCCCCAGAGGAGCCACUGGAACCCUUCGCCCAAUCGGUGUUAGCCUUGAGCAAGCCCCACCUGCUGGAGGGGAAAGGGCACAACAGGCAGGCGUCUGACAGCAGUGUGGACCGCUUCAUACCAAAGGAUGAGCCGCCGGAGCCCGCUGACCCGGAAAUCAAGCCAUCCAGGAUAAAAGGGGAGAUUGGACACUACACCGACCUGAAGGAGCCUCUGGUUCACUGCGUGCGCCUCCUGUCAGCCUCCUUCUUGCUCACUGGGCAGAAAAAUGGUGUGGUGCCCGACCGAGAGGUGCGUGUGAGUGUGAAGGCCCUGGCAGUGAGCUGUGUGGGGGCGGCCGCCGCUCUCCACCCGGAGGCCUUCUUCAACACGCUCUACCUGGAGCCGCUAGACGGCCAAGCCCCAGGCGAGCAACAGUACAUCAGUGACAUCCUGACGUACGUGGAACACGGGGACCCCCAGAUCCGCGGGACCACGGCCAUCCUCUGUGGGGCUCUGAUCCAGGCCAUCCUGCUCAAGACACGCUUCAACGUGGAGGCCUGGCUGCCCACCGUCCACAGCGCCACUGGUAACCCCAUCUCUCUGGUGGACUUAGUGCCUCUGCUGCAGAGGUGCUUGCGGGAUGAGUCAUCUGUGACCUGUAAGAUGGCCUGUGCUGCAGUGAGGCACUGCAUCAUGGCUCUGAGCAGCAGCAGCUUCAGUCAGCUGGGCCUGCAGCUGCUCAUUGACCUGCUGGCCCUCAGGGACUGCUCUUACUGGCUCGUCCGCACGGAGCUGCUGGAGACCGUGGCUGAGAUGGACUUCAGAUUGGUUAAUUUCCUUGAGCGGAGAACGGAUACUUUGCACAAAGGAGAACAUCAUUACACUGGGCUGCUCCGACUGCAGGACAGGGUCCUCCGUGAUGUCAUCAUCUACCUUCUGGGGGACGACGACCCCAGAGUCAGACGUGUUGCUGCUGCUACUGUCAACAGGGUGGUGUCACGGCUGUUUUACGACUGUGACCAGGCGCAGGCUGACCCCGUGGUGGCCAUCGCUCGUGAGCAGAGCAGUGUGUACCUCCAGCUGCUGAUGCACGAGACCCAGCCACCCUCCCAGUUCACCGUCAGCACCAUCACCAGGACGUACAGAGGCUACAACUUGGCUCAGGGUACGUCUGACGUGACUAUAGAGAACAACCUGUCCCGGGUUAUAAGCGCGGUGUCCCACGCCUUCUCCUCCUCCACCUCCAGAGCCCUCACUUUUGGCUGCUGUGAGGCCCUGUGCCUGUUGAGCUCCAGCUAUCCGGUGUGCAGCUGGAGCACAGGCUGGCACUGUGGCUACGUCAGCUCCACCAUCAGCCACCUCAGCCGCUCCAGCCAGUACCGCAGCCGUGGCCGCUCACACAGCCUGUCCCAGUCGAGCACUGCUGAGGAGCCCAGGAGAUGCCUGACCGUGGGCAUGGCCAACAUGGUGCUGUCCCUGCUCUCCUCCGCCUGGUUCCCCCUGGACCUCUCUGCCCACCAGGACGCCCUGCUGCUGGCUGGGAACCUGCUGGCCGCCGCCUCCCCCAAGUGCAUGAAGAGCCCGUGGAGCGGCGAGGAGGAGACCAACGCCGCGGUGGCCAAGCCGGAGGAGCCCUGGCCCGCGCUCGGUGACCGCUCGCUCAUCGGCAUGGUGGAGCAGCUCUUCUCCCACCUCCUCAAGGUGCUCAACAUCUGUGCCCACGUGCUGGACGACACCGCCCCCGGACCCGCCGUCAAGGCCUCGCUGCCCUCCCUGGCCAACCCUCCGUCUCUGAGUCCCAUCCGCAGGAAGGGCAAAGACAAAGACAUGGCCGAGCCCAGCAUCGCCCCCAUGAGCCCCAAGAAGGGAGGCGACUCCAACACAGGCCGGCCAGCAGACAGCACGGUGGCGGCCCCUGUCAACAAGUCCACCACCCUGGGCAGUUUCUACCACCUCCCUCCAUACUUGAAGCUUUACGAUGUCCUGAAGGCCACUUAUGCCAACUAUAAGGUGACACUGGACCUCCACAGCACUAAUGAGAAGUUUGGCGGUUUCCUGCGCUCCACACUGGACGUGCUCUCUCAGCUGCUGGAGCUGGCCACUCUGCACGACAUCGGAAAAUGUGUGGAGGAAGUCCUAGGUUAUCUGAAAUCCUGCUUCUCCAGAGAGCCAACCCUGGCCACUGUCUGUGUGCAACAGCUACUGAAGACCUUAUUCGGGACCAACCUGGCCUCCCAGUACGAGGGGGCGGCCUCGCACCCGUGCCGCUCCCAGGGGAAAGCCCUGCGCCUGGGCUCGUCCAGCCUGCGGCCCGGCCUCUACCACUACUGCUUCAUGGCGCCCUACACCCACUUCACCCAGGCGCUGGCCGACGCCAGCCUCAGGAACAUGGUGCAGGCCGAGCAGGAGCAGGACCCCUCAGGGUGGUUUGAUGUCAUGCAGAAGGUGUCCAGUCAGAUGAGGUCCAGCAUCACCAAUGUCACACGCCACAGAGGAGACAAGAAUGUCAUCCACAACCACAUCCGGCUGUUUGAGCCGCUGGUGAUCAAGGCCCUGAAGCAGUACACCACCAGCACCUCUGUGGCGCUGCAGAGGCAGGUCCUGGACCUGCUGGCCCAGUUGGUGCAGCUCCGGGUCAACUACUGCCUGUUGGACUCGGACCAGGUGUUCAUUGGCUUUGUGCUCAAGCAAUUUGAGUACAUUGAAUUGGGCCAGUUCAGGGAUUCAGAGGCGAUCGUACCCAAUAUUUUCUUCUUCCUGGUGCUUCUGUCGUAUGAGCGCUACCACUCCAAACAGAUCAUCAGCAUCCCAAAGAUCAUCCAGCUGUGUGAUGGCAUCAUGGCCAGCGGGAGGAAGGCAGUCACCCACGCCAUCCCUGCUCUGCAGCCUAUCGUCCACGACCUGUUUGUGCUGCGGGGCUCAAACAAGGCAGACGCCGGGAAAGAACUGGAGACCCAGAAGGAGGUGGUGGUGUCCAUGCUGCUUCGCCUGAUACAGUACCAUCAGGUGCUGGAGAUGUUCAUCCUGGUGCUGCAGCAGUGUCAUAAAGAGAAUGAGGACAAGUGGAAGAGGCUUUCUCGCCAAAUCGCCGACAUCAUCCUGCCCAUGAUCGGCAAGCAGCAGAUGCAUCUGGACUCUCCCGAGGCGCUGGGCGUGCUCAACACCCUGUUUGAGACGGUGGCUCCCUCCUCACUCAGGCCCGUCGACAUGCUGCUCAAGAGCAUGUUUGUCACUCCGGCCACCAUGGCCUCUGUGGGGACAGUGCAGCUGUGGGUGUCUGGGAUCCUGGCCGUGCUGCGUGUCCUCAUCUCCCAGUCCACAGAGGACAUUGUGCUGUCCCGCGUGCAGGAGCUGUCCCUGUCCCCCUACCUGCUGUCCUGCCCCACCAUCCGCCGCCUUCACAGCGAAGUUGCGGCCCAGGCCCCACCCCCUCCGCAACCAGCCGUCUCCCAGGAGACCAACGGCGAGCCCCAGCGCUUCCCACCUGAGGAGACCUUUGCCAGGUUCCUGCUGCAGCUGGUGGGUGUGCUGCUGGAGGACAUCUCCAGUAAGCAGGUGAAGGUGGACAUGAGUGAGCAGCAGCACACCUUCUACUGCCAACAGCUGGGCACGCUGCUGAUGUGCCUCAUCCACAUCUUUAAGUCCGGAAUGUUCCGGCGCAUCACUGCAGCCGCCACCAAGCUGCUGAAGGCCGAGGAGCCCGUGUCGGGCUCGGAGCCCGGGGUGGAGGAGGGCAUAUUCUACAGCCUGGAGGAUCUGAACGCGCUGGUGCUGCGCCUCAUCACCACCCACCCUCCCCUGGUGCUGCUCUGGUGCCAGGUGCUGCUCAUCAUCAACUACACCAACUACACCUGGUGGUCCGAGGUGCACCAGACGCCCAGGAGACCCAGCAUGUCCGGCACCAAGCACUCGUCUGGGGAGGGGGAUGAGGACCGGCAGGAGGGCCGCCUGGCCAUGUGCAACAGAGAGAUCGUCCGCCGGGGGGCGCUCAUCCUCUUCUGUGACUAUGUGUGCCAGAACCUGCACGACUCCGAACACCUGACGUGGCUGACGGUGAAUCACGUGCAGGACCUGAUCCGCCUUUCCCAUGAGCCUCCGGUGCAGGACUUCAUCAGCGCCGUCCACCGCAACUCUGCUGCCAGCGGCCUCUUUAUCCAGGCCAUCCAGUCCCGCUGUGACAAUCUCGCCAGCCCCACUAUGCUGAAGAAGACUCUGCAGUGCCUGGAGGGGAUGCACCUGAGCCAGUCGGGGGCGCUGCUCCUGCUCUACGUGGACAAGCUGCUGAACACGCCCUUCAGAGUGCUGGCGCGCAUGGUGGACACGCUGGCCUGCCGCCGCGUGGAGAUGCUGCUCGCCGAGACGCUGCAGAACAGUAUAGCCCAGCUGCCCGUGGAGGAGUUGGACCGGAUCCAGGAGUAUCUGCAAAGCAGUGGGCUGGCUCAGAGGCACCAGAGGUUCUACUCCCUGCUGGACAGGUUCAGAGCCACUGUCGCCGAGGAUACCACUAGUCCCGCCCCUCCUGUCAGCUCACACCCACUGGAUGGGGAGCCACCUCCUCCCCCAGAGAGCGUUGUCGCCAAUAAGGAGUGGUAUGUGACGCUGGUGAAGUCUCAGUGUUGUGUCAGUAGUGAGGGAGCCCUGUAUGAGACCACAGACCUCCUGACCAAACUACCCCAGGAGGACCUCAGGGCCAUCAUGGCGUGCAAGGAAUUUAACCUGGCCCUGCUGGCUCCCUGCCUGAGUGUCGGGGUGCAAAGACUGACUCAGGGUCAGGGUGCGGUCCUAUUGGACACCGCUCUCCAGAUUACCAUGGAGCGCCUGUCCGCCACCACUGCGCUCCUCCCCACCCCCCACCACUCCUUCCUGCCCCCCAGUGACGCUGAGGCGGAGCCUAAGGACUACUGGGAAAAACUUGCCGAUGUCUAUAGCGAGCCGGGCCUCUAUCAGACGGUGCUGAACCUGUGUGGGGCUCUGAGUCAGUACCUGCUCUCUCUACCAAAGCUGCCCUCCUCCCUGCACAUCACCCCAGACAGAGAGGCCCUGGUGGCCUCCUUCACCACACUCACCAUAGAGGUUGUGGUGUGGCGCGUGCUGCAGGACCAGCUGCCUGUGAGUGUGCACCUGCAGUCUGCCCUGUCCUGCGUGUGUCUGGCUCUGCAGCAGCCGGCCGUGUGGAGCCUGCUGGCCUCGGGCCCCUACCUCAGCCAGGCCAUCUCCAUCAUCCACUGCGUACGCCUGCUCAUCCACGCAGUCGCUGUGGGGCCUGGCGACCAGCUGCUGCGUGCGGAGAGGAAGAGGUCUCGCUCUGAGUCUGGGGAAGAUGAAGUGGACUCAGUCAAAGACAAUGUGAGCAAGCAACGAGCAUGUGAGGUGAUGGUGGAGUUGGUGGAGGGCUUGCAGACUGCACUCUACCUGGGCCACCCCAGGAACAGCUCUCUCCCAGCAUUCCUCACUCCCACCUUGCGCAACAUCAUCAUCAGCCUCGCCAGGCUGCCGCUCGUCAACAGCUACACCCGUGUGCCACCACUGGUCUGGAGGUUGGGCUGGUCCCCCAGGCGCGGUGGUGAGUUUGGCACGGCGCUGCCAGAGAUCCCGGUGGAGUUCCUGCAGGAGAAGGACAUCUUCAGGGAGUUCCUGUACCUCAUCAACACUCUGGGGUGGAGCAGUCGGACGCAGUUUGAGGAGACCUGGGCCACACUGCUGGGGGUGCUGGUCACCCAGCCAAUCGCCAUGGACCAGGAGGAGGAGACUCAGCAGGAGGAGGAUCUAGAGCGGACUCAGAUCAACGUGCUUGCAGUGCAGGCCAUCACCUCUCUGGUGCUGAGCGCCAUGACGCUGCCUGUGGCAGGAAACCCCGCGGUCAGCUGCCUGGAGCAGCAGCCACGCAACAAGACCCUCAAAGCCCUGGAUACCAGACUUGGCAAGAAGUUGAGCGUGAUCCGGGGCGCGGUGGAGCGAGAGAUCCAGUCCAUGGUGUCCAAGAGGGACAACGUGGCCACAAACUUCCUCUACCAGGCCUGGGACCCGGUGCCCUCGCUGUCCUCCUCCUCUGCUGCAGGCACCCUUAUUAGCCACGAGAAGCUUCUACUACAGAUCAACACAGAGAGAGAGAUGGGCAACAUGGACUACAAACUGGGCCAGGUUUCCAUUCAUUCCGUGUGGCUGGGGAACAACAUCACCCCUCUGAGGGAGGAGGAGUGGGACGAGGACGAGGAGGAUGAGGCAGAUGCCCCAGCGCCAGCCUCACCCCCGAUCUCUCCCAUCAACUCAAGGAAGCACCGUGCUGGGGUAGACAUCCACUCCUGUUCCCAGUUCCUCCUGGAGCUCUACAGUCAGUGGAUCUUGCCUGGGAGCCCCAGUAACCGCAAGACCCCUGUCAUCCUCAUCAGUGAGGUGGUGCGCUCGCUGCUGGCAGUGUCGGACCUGUUCACUGAGAGGAAUCAGUUUGACAUGAUGUUCUCCACCCUGAUGGAGCUGCAGAGAGUCCACCCCCCUGAAGAUGAGAUCCUCAAUCAAUACCUCGUGCCAGCCAUCUGCAAGGCCGCCGCCGUGCUGGGCAUGGAUAAGGCCACGGCAGAGCCAGUGUGCCGGCUGCUGGAGACGACCCUGCGGAGCACCCACCUGCCCAGCCGCAUCGGAGCGCUGCACGGGGUCCUCUACGUGCUGGAGUGUGACCUGCUGGACGACACCGCCAGACAACUCAUCCCCACCGUCAGCGAGUACCUGCUGUCCAACCUCCGAGCCAUAGCACACUGUGUGAACCUACAUAACCAGCAACACGUGUUGGUGAUGUGUGCUGUGGCGUUCUACAUGAUGGAGAACUACCCUCUGGAUGUGGGGUCAGAGUUCAACGCUGGCAUCAUUCAGCUGUGUGGGGUAAUGUUGUCGGCGAGUGAGGAGGCCACGCCGUCGGUCAUCUACCACUGCGUGCUGCGGGGGCUGGAACGGCUGCUGCUGUCGGAGCAGCUGUCCCGCGUGGACGCCGAGACGCUGGUCAAACUAAGCGUGGAGCGCGUCAACAUGCCCAGCCCCCACCGCGCCAUGGCCGCCCUGGGCCUCAUGCUCACCUGCAUGUACACAGGUGACCCGGACGAUGCAGGAAAGGAGAAGGCGAACGUUGGUCACCCCGCUGAUGGCGACCCAACUGCCACAGACAGUGAGACCGUCAUUGUUGCUAUGGAGCGCGUGUCUGUGCUCUUUGACAGGAUCCGUAAGGGCUUCCCUUGUGAAGCUCGUGUGGUAGCGCGGAUUCUGCCCCAGUUCUUGGACGACUUCUUCCCCCCACAGGAUGUCAUGAACAAGGUCAUUGGAGAGUUCCUGUCCAAUCAGCAGCCUUACCCACAAUUCAUGGCAGCAGUGGUCUAUAAGGUUUUCCAGACGCUACACGCCACAGGCCAGUCGUCCAUGGUGCGCGACUGGGUGCUGCUGUCCCUCUCCAACUUCACCCAGCGCACCCCUGUGGCCAUGGCCAUGUGGAGCCUGACCUGCUUCUUCGUCAGCGCCUCCACCAGCCAGUGGAUCUCGGCUCUCCUGCCUCACGUUAUCAGUCGCAUGGGCAGGUCAGACACUGUGGACGUCAGCCUCUUCUGCCUGGUGGCCAUGGAUUUCUACCGGCACCAGAUCGACGAGGAGCUGGACCGCCGCGCCUUCCAGUCCGUCUUCGAGAUGGUAGCCUCGCCCGGCAGCCCCUACCACCAGCUGCUGUGCUGCCUGCAGAGCAUCCACCAGGAAACUCCGCUAUGAAGCAGCCCGCCAGCCAUACACCAGGACACCUCAUUAUGUCACAGCCUACACUACCGAUAAAACACCAAGACACCACCUUAUGACACCCUGUAUCCACAAUGUACUGGGACGCCUUUUUGUCCAAAGGCCCAUCUAUGGUGCACCAGGAUGCAUCGUCACAAGACCACGGCCCUCAAAAGAGUUUCUCGAAUCACUGUGAGGUAGCCUUCCCACAAUGCACAGGGACUCCUUGCAGAGUGAUUGACAUAGAGCAAACGAAGAAGUCGUACUAAAAUCUCCUUUGUAAAUCUGAACCAUUAUGAUGGAAACCCCCACAUACAGUAUGCCAAGGUGUUUAAUCAAUGGCACACCUGUGCAUGAAAACACAUUUCUCUACAGUCGUGUUCACAAUAGUGUGGUAUAUAGAGACUGUCAUAUGUUUUGGACAGACAGCUGAACCUCUCCUGAAGCUAGCUAUCUGUGUUCAACCAACAGGGUCUGGCUAAGACCUUCUCCUGCAGGUUUUGGCACAGGCUGCAAUACAUGGGAGACAGCCUGUUUAACUGACAAAGGCCUUGCUAAGAAGGGGUCUACAUCUCAAUCACAGGUCUUUUCCACUCCUUCAGAAUCUCCCUCGUCUGCAAAAUGGCGGCUAAUUAGGACUCUCUCUCUGCUUCCCUCCCCAUUUCUGUCUGAAAAAAAAAAAGAUGAAUUCCUUUUCUUUUUUUUUUGCACGAACUUUGCAUUGCUCUGUGGAUGCACUUGAACACUGAACAGAAAAUAUUAAUUAUAAAUUCAUUUGUAUGUGUAUCCUCUCCUGAAAGGAUUAUGCUUGAGCCAUGGCGUUAUUGGAAAAAAAAAAAAAAAAAGACAAAGGAUGUAGUAUAUUUAAACGUAAAUAUGUGGUCGAUGCUUCUAUUUUUUUGGUGCCGUUUUUGUUUCAGAAAGUCUUCAGGAGUGAUUUCAAUGAUAGGGGGGUUGGAAUCUUACACUGUCCUCUGUGUGAAUCUCUUCUAGUUCCUUUUUUAAUAUUUUGGUCACUAUUGUCAAUACUGGACUGCCCUUGAUGGAGAGUGGAAAAACUCUUCUGCAAGGUUUGGUAAUAGCCAUAAUAACCAUACUAUUGUUUCUCUAUUGAUUGUAUUGUCAUGGUGGACAACAUUUUUUUUUUUGUCAAGCAUGUCGCAACAAGUUAUUUGUCCAUUAAGGCAACCGCCUUGCUUAGUGUGACUGUUUAAAUCUCAGGACACAAAAUGUGAUUAUUGAUCCCCAAAAUGACUAGAAGUUAUAUUUUAAAGGAGGGUGUGUUUGUGUUGUAUAAAAUGUGUGAAGGAUAAAACAAAACUAGAGAAAUCUGUGCGGAAGGGAUAUGUGUUUGAUGGAGAAGGGGCCAUCCAGAUGCCCCUUUGCUACUGAUCGUCAUGCAUACAGCAUCGUGGAUGCUAACGUCUGAAUGCCCACUUGUUUUCUAUUAGGCCUGUGUCACGUAUGCUUUGCUUAUUCAUUGGGCGGCAGGACUCUGUCUGGAUCUGUCUGAGCACUACUGAACUGUUAUUAAAAAAAAUCAACAAUAAAUUCCAUUUUAUAAUCUAA